AUGCCUCCCAAACGAGUACACCGAACCGAUCAAUAUAUCCCUCUAGAGUCGUUUGACCUGCACGACAAGCCCAAGGCAGCGCUUAUAUCCCUCGUGCGCAAUCAGGAGAUUGACGGGAUCGAAAUGUCGAUGCGCCAGCUCGAGGCCAGGUUCAACCACAAACACAACUACCCCUGGAUCUUCUUCAACGACGUGCCCUUUGACGACGACUUCAAAGCCCGCACGCAAAACCUCACGGCGUCGGAGUGCCAAUACGUGCAUAUCCCGAAGGAGCACUGGUCGCUGCCGCACUGGGUUGAUCAGGAGCGGUUUGCGGCGUCGUUGGAGUAUUUGGGCGCAAUCGGGGUUGGCAAAGGAUGGAUGAUCUCUUAUCGCCACAUGUGUCGCUGGAACUCGGGGUUCUUUUACAAGCACCCGAUUCUCGACGACUAUGACUAUUAUUGGCGAGUGGAGCCCGACGUGCACUUCUUUUGCGAUCUGGAGUAUGACCCGUUUGCCUUCAUGGCCGAGAACGGUCUCAAGUAUGGAUUCAACAUGAACAUUCUCGACGACGCGCGCUCAUUCCCUUCACUCUGGCGGCAAACAAAGGAGUUCAUGGCGGAGUACCCUGACCUGAUUCAUCCGGACGCUGAUCUUUCGUGGCUGCGCGACCCGCGGAACAGCCAGGAAUACAACAAUUGCCAGUUCUUUAGUAACUUUGAGAUCGGUUCCCUUGAUUUCUUCCGCAGCAGUACCUAUAACGCAUACUUUGACUUCGUCGACCGCAAAGGCGGCUUCUUCUACGAACGGUUCGGCGACGCCCCGCUGCAUACCCUCGCCAUCGCGCUGUUCAUGGCCAAGAACGAGACGCAUUUCUUCCGCGAUAUAGGAUACCAGCAUGACAUCAACCGGCAAUGCCCGGCAAACCUGGCGGAUAAGUGCUCGUGCGAACCCACGAACUUGGAUGACAAUUUCUACAAGUUGGUGCCGAUGGAGUCGAGGCAGCGGAAGCCGGACGAUACUUGUAUUAGACUAUGGCUGGGUGGGGAGUGGCUUGAGAGGGACGAGGAGACUGGCGCGUAUGUCAAGUCUGGGUUUUCGUAUUAA